AUGGCUUUUAGAACAACGGGCUACUGGAAAUCAAUGAUCACUCCAAGGAGUCCGAGCCGAUCCUUUGCAUUAUCGACAUCCCAAAAGGUGAAACAAUACACCACAACCGCAAAUGCGGCUGCAAGUGACCGCCCUCACAACAAAUACUCAAUAACAGGGGAAUAUGCACCGAUUUAUAUGCUGAUGGGAAUGCUUGGGGCGGCACUAUGCAUGGCGAUUCACACAGCAAAGCAGCAGUUAGUCCAUUCCCCUGGUGUUGUAAUCAGCAAGAAGAACAGGGAAUCGAUAUCAGAGGCUGACAAUCCUGAUCAAGCUCUUGCUUCUGCGGAUAAGUUUUUGAACAAGUCUUUUCUGAGAAAAGUGGCUCACAUUCAGGAUAACAAACGCACCCUUCCUGAUCCUUCUCGCCCUGAUCCUUUCACCAGGCCUCGAACUGCAGAGACACUCAAAACCGUUGGAGUUGAUCCAAUCCGCCGUUGAGUUAAAAAUGGUGUUGCAUUAUAAAUAAGUACUCGGUGGAAUUCUUCUAGAUGUUUUCAGUUAGUUAAUAGCUUUGAUGUAUUGAUUCGAGCCCCUUUUCCCUAUUCAAAUGAUCAUGGGAAACCAUAAAGAGGCUCAAAGUACGUUUUGGUUGAGUUUUUUCCUAAAAGUACUUUGAAAUCUUUAUUCCAAGAAUAAGAU